UGCUACCUUACUUUUCGGGGGAGGGGGUAGGGAAGGGGGAGAGGAUAUCAUAUUAUUAUACUGCAACAUCCAAAGAACCUACCUUCAUCUUCGUCCACAACAUGCAGCGGCCUUUGAAGAUGUUUACUACAGAGUGACGCGUUGACAGAUUGUUUUUAUGACGUCAAAUUACGCCGAAAACCACGUACGUUUACGUUCACGAUCUACGAUUUGUUAGUGAAUCUUCCACAUGAAUUCCAAGAAAUAUACAAAAACAUAAAUGGUACAAUCAUCAAGUUUUGGCCACAAUAAGGUGCCUAACAAAGGGAAUCUUUUACUCAUAAAUGUGCAGACUUACAUUGUAUUUCCAAGUCACCUGUUUGGGUUGCCACAGACAGUGAUGGUAUCACUCUGCCAUCGACUGCAGAAUAUAAAUUUUCCUUCAAGAGAGGAGGAAAUCACCAAACUAUAACAGAAUUUUUAAGAAAGGCACAAUUUCCAAAAGUGCUGGGCUCUGUUCUAGAUGCCACUCUAAUAAAGAGACAGACUCCAUCAGAGAAUGAACCCAGCUAUGUGUGCCGGAAAGGAUUUCAUGCCCUUAAUGUACAAACUGUAGCUGAAGUCACACUUACAUUGGCCGGGAGCUGUUCAUGACAGUUUUGUUUUUGAGAAUUCCAACUUGAAUCAGAUCUUGAGUCUUGGUUGCAGUGGCUGGCUUCUAGGAGAUUCAGGUUAUCUAAUGACGCCAAUCAAUAUACCACGAAAUCAGCAUGCAAUCAACUACAAUAGCGCAGAACUCGUGUUGUAGAAUGGGAAUAUGGUGUACUCAAGUCUCGAUUUAGAUGUUUACAUCUAACUGGUGAGGUAUUGCUGUUCAAGACACAGGAGUGCAUUCACACCAUUGAUGUGUACUUUAAGCUGCAUAAUAAAUUCACCGGGGACAGACUACCCAUGCCAGAUGGAGUAGACCUAGACUGUGUUCGUGACACUGGUGACAAGACAGUUUGCUGGUCUUCACUGCUGCAGAGAUGAUUAAGUUCGCAGUCUCUGCAUUGUUGCUUGUGUUCGUGUCCUGCAAGAGUUACCCGGGUGAGCAGAAAUCAUUUCGCGCACCUGCACUUGACUUACUGACUGGAGGAGUAAGCGAGUUUAAUGUGGACGGAAGGACGUACGGAAGAGAUUUACCGCCACUACUGACAGGAAAAACGAACAUUCCACCUUUGUAUGGUAAUGGGGACCAGUUACUGGGUGACGGUUUUUUAAAUCUUGAAGGAAGUAGUAGUGGGAAUUCCUUUCAAUCUGUAGCUGGAAUCAAUUCAGAAGCUAGUCCUGCUAUUCCGAGUGAUUUUCAGUUCCGGGACAGACAUAGCGGUAUAAAAAGUAGCGGGAUUCCCUUUCAAGGAGACCAUAUACCUGGUAUUUAUCCAGAAACCAAGGGACUUCCAGGGUUUGACGGAUUCUCAAGACAAGAUACAGAUAUAAGUUUUGGUCCAAUCAUCUCCAAUGAUCGUCAAUUUAGGAACAAACAAAACGGUAUAAAAAGUAACGGGAUUUCCUUUCAAUCAGACCAUAUAUCUGGUAUUCAUCCAGAAACCAAGGGAUUCCCAGAAUUUGACGGAUUCACAGGACAGGAAUUUGGUCCAAUUAUCUCGAAAGAUCGUCAUUUGAGGAACAGGAACAACGGUAUCAAAAGUAGCGGAAUUUCCUUUCAUUCAGACCACAGAUCUGGUAUUUAUCCAGAAACCAAGGGACUUCCAGGGUUUGACGGAUUCGCCAGACAAGAUACAGACAUAAGUUUUGGUCCUGCUAUUUCCAGUGAUCGUCCAUUUAGAAACCAACACAGUGGUAUAGAACCUAACCGUCCGCCGUACAUUGCGGGAGGGAACCUGGGGUCUGGCCCGUUUACUGGCAGUGUAAGUGAUAUCACAUACCCUGAGAGUCGCUUAUUGGAUACAGGGAGAAGUAGAGAGAGCAGACCAUGGACUCCAAAGAAGCAUAUUAACAAAGGAGAAGCUCAGAAAAUUGCAUUUCCGCCACAAUCUUUUCCGACAGAACCAAUCAACAACAUCCCUUUUAGCGUCAAUUCCAGAUCAAUUGGGAGAGGAGAAUGGAGAAGAGACAGUGUAGGUCCCGUAGCUCUACCGUACCCAUCUAUAGGAACUCACUCUUCGGGUAUUAAAUAUAGUGGGAUUAAAGCUCAAGCAGAUAUAGAUUUUGGAAGCUCUGGUAUUGCUCAAGGCCGACCUUUCGGUUCAGGAAUCCUAAACAGCAGAAGACCCGCCUUUUUUGGUGGCUCACGUCAGAGAGAAUCCAUCAGAACACCUUAUCCAGUAGAUCACAGAGAAACUAAAUUUGAUACUAGUCUGAUAAACACCCCAAAACAAUCAAAGAAUGAUUUCAAUAGCUUCGGAUUUCCCCAAAGCCAAAUUAUCCAUGGCGAUGAUUUAGUUAGUUUUGGCCGGACCAGCACAAGAAAUGUCCCAGCUAGAAUACAUCGUUCUUUUGAAGGUAUCAGACAAAUAUCCAGUGGAGGAAAAUUUCCCAGUGUUUACCAGCCUGGCAGGACCUCUAUCGCGCAGUUUCAAAGAAUCAACAGCAGACGACCAGGGAACGUCUGGGAGCAAAGCAUUGGAGACAGUGCAUUUGAAAGCAACAUAUUAAAAAGAAAUCCAAGAGUCGGAAAGAUACCGACCGGUGGAAAGCAUUACAGAAUACCAAAGGUAAGGACCGGUAUCAGAAUAUCACUGUUACGGUAAUCCACUUCAUCUACUCACAGUACUCUAAAACCUCUUUUGAAUUUAAGUUUACACAUGCUCUUCUUUAUUUUGCAGGUGCUGUAAAUUGAUCUCAUGUUAUCAACAGAUGAAAAUCCAAAGAAUUAUUGCUUUUGAGUUAUUGAAUUCAAUGAAUAAAACAAAUCCAAUGUUUAA